UUGGAAGUCCCUAUCAGUGUAUUUGUUUGGAUCAUGGAAGGAAGGUUACGUCAUUCAAAUUAUGUAUUUUUAAAUUGUUUCUUUCUUAACAAAUUAAUGUUGUCAUAUUAGUGUAAUAUGAUGGUCAGAAAGUAUGCCAGAGCAUGCCCUUCGAGGUUUAAAAAGCAUAACUUAUUGUAAUAAUGUAUAACCCCUUAUCAUAUGAAAAUUUUUACUUUUCUUUGGAAGUAAAAAGUCAUUAUUCCUUAAUCAAAUGGAACCUGAAGUCAACAAAAACGAUCUGAAGGCUUCAGAACGACAACAGUUACAAUCAUUGCUGCUCGUAGCUGUGAAAAGCUGUCAAACGAAAUUUGGAGGUAGAAGUUUAUUGGCAACUGAAUUAGAUUUUCAUGUCAAAACGUUGUGUACUGUCUUAGAACAUGUGUUAUGCCAUGGGUUGAAGUACAGAAGUCUAGAAAAAAAAUCUUCAACAAUAAGGCAAGUAACUGAUUUGGUUUUGGGUAAUGCAGAGCAGUAUACUCUUUGGGAUUGUAUCCAACAUCUGUUAACAAAUCAUGAGCGUGAAAGAUAUGAAUUGCUGAGGCAAAUAUGGACGGACCGUGGUCGUGCAAGGGCUUGGCUUCGAUCAGCAAUUAAUGAACGUUCUCUUGAAAGAUAUAUGUCUGCUCUUAUAAACAGUACGAACCUUAGUACCUUUUAUGAAGAUUGGUCAUUUCUCCUAAAUCAAGAAUCUAGUAAUAUUUUGCCAAAUAUGGCUGCAGGCUUGUCAUCAAUUUUAUUCGCUCUUAGUAUUGAUCGACCAGAGCUGAAUCAAGCCCCGAAUGACUCAAACUUAGGUAAUACAUCUCUCGUGAUUGAACCCAUUAUUCAGGAAACGCAACCUGAAUCUACUAAAAGAAAAUCUGAUAGUAAGAAACAUAAGAAGGCAAAUUUGAAAAUUAUUUCAUUUGGAGAUGAAGAAAUUUCUGAAAGUACAGUAAAGAAAGAAGAACCAAUAGAAACAUUCCUUCCUUCUCCAACUAAUUUAACUCAACAAGAUGAAGGCGACAUUCUUGGUGAAAUAGAAUGUGCAGUAGAGGCUACGUGUGGUGAUGGCGAUUCUUCUCAGAGUGAUAGCGAUAUGAAACAAGAAGAAGAAAAUAAUUCUCAGUAUCCUGAUACUGAGAAUUAUCUCAACAGCAAUUCAGGAUUAAUGCCUGUAAAUAAUUCAAACAUUGGUGAGCUAACCAUCGUGCCCGUAGCGGAAGAAACACAUUCUUCUGAAGAUUCAAUAUCCGUGCCAAGUUUCUCUGAAGAAAAUGAACAAACAUUGAGUACUUCUAACAACAUUGAUUUUUUAAAUGACUUAAGUGGACAAAAUGAAGAAGAUUUUUCAAAAUCUACUGAUCAACUACUCAUUCAGAUUCAGAAGUAUAAAGAGUUCAAUUCAACUCUCAGUAAUCAAUUAGUCCAAAAUGCGCAGCAACACCAGCAAAAAAUUCAGCAAUUAGAAAUCAAAAUAAAUGAAUUAAAUAGGGAAAAUGAAGUACUGAAACAUCAGCUAAGGAAAUAUGUUAAUGCCGUCCAAUUGCUAAAACAAGGUGGUGAUGACUUCGAAGGUGAUGAACUUUAUCAGCAGAAACUUGUUCAGGUUGCUGAAAUGCAUAGUGAACUAAUGGAAUUGAAUGAAAGACUGCAGAGGAAUAUUAUAAAUAAAGAAACGACGAUUAAGAAACUGUACCUGGAGCUCGAAGCCUUGAGGGGACCUCUUGGACCUUCGGAGAUAGAUGUCAGUUCGCAGCUGAUUAGUCUUUGGGUUCCAUCUGUUUUUUUAACUGGGUCUCCCAAGCAGCACCAUGUUUAUCAAGUUCAUAUCAGGGUUGGUGAAGAAGAAUGGAAUGUAUAUCGAAGAUAUUCUCAGUUUUUGACUUUACAUAAAGAUUUUAAAAAACAGUAUCCAAUAAUAUCUGCUUUCAAAUUUCCACCGAAGAAGACUAUUGGCAAUAGGGAUACUAAGUUUGUCGAGGAAAGGAGAGUGAAGCUGCAGCAAUAUUUGAGGAGGUUCUUGAACCACAUUAUAGCUAAUAAUCCUCAGCUGACAAGUAUUCCUAACAAAUCUGUUUUAACAUCAGUUGUACCACUCUUUGGAGAACCAAAUGAUUCACCAACGGAAAGACGAGCUCGAAUUUCUUACCCUCGCUCCGUUACUAACAGCCCUCAGUAUUCUGGCCUGUGAUAUUUUAUUAAUCUUUAUAUUCCAUGUUUAAAUUUAGUAUGUAAAGUGGUAUUUUAUGUUUUAAAUUUUAAAAUGUACUUGUAUGAUUUAUUAUUUUAUGAAAUAACUAACUUUUAUUAUUAUAGUUUUAGUUAAUAAGUACAUAUUUAUUUAGAUUAUUCCUUUCGCGUUUUAUUAUACUUUUUUAUUAUUAUUAAUUAUCUAAAACGUAACCAUCUUGAUGGUAUACAUUAUUACCAAUCGAACAAACGUUUAAUAAUUUAAGAGAUGAUAUAAUAGUUGAAUGAUGUUUAUUAUUUUAAUCCUGUCAAUAAUUCUACUUCUUUUUCAUUUAACUGUUUAAAAUAUGUCCUAGAGAAAAUAAAAAGUGACAAUUCUUAUUAAUGAAAGAUUUCUAAUAAUAACAGAAAGAUAAUUUCCCAAAAUAUUUUUAUUAUUCUUUUUAUUAUAUCUCCUUGAAGUUGAUAAUCA